UGGAGAAAGUUUGAAACAACGGCGAUUUUACUUUAUAAUUGCGUUGGAUUUUAAUUUUGAUCUUCAACUGUUUCGUUUCGUUUAUUGUAUUUAGCACAAAACAAUGCCGCGUUUUUCAGACAGUGAAGAUGCUGAUGAAGAGUUCUAUAGUUAUCAAGCAUAUUGUCAUAACAGAAGGCGAACUUUGAUGUCUAAGCGCUUUGUGGUCUUUUUUUUGUGUGCAACGCUGGCUUCUGCCGUUGUGGUGGAGUUCCUGCCGUUUAAGAUUCUAAACUCUAACGUAAGCCUGCGCAGUUUAAUUAAAAAAACUACCGAUCUGCAGUUUGGUAAGCAACCGACAUAUGCGAUAUACAGCAAUAGUCCAAAGGAGGAUCAUUUAGUGCACGUGAAAAAUGUUUUAAGUUAUUUAGGAUACCGGCGAGUUCCUUUUGAAGAUGAUUGGGAUUUACUGUGGGCUCAUGAUUAUCCAUAUUUGCGCUUGCCAGAGAGAAUGAAAAACCUUGAACCCCAUCAAACGGUUAAUCAUUUGCCUGGUUGUGGAUUUUUAACAAAUAAAGUUGAUUUAUGUACAACACCGUUGCCAUUUUUGCCGAGAGCAUUUAGAUUGCCUUCCGAACAAGAAGAAUUUUUGAAAUAUGCUAUGAACAACUUGGGUGCAUUAUUUGUGGAGAAGAACAAUCAGCAUAGAUUAAUUGCAAUUCGUUCUCCAAACGAAAUAAACUUAGACUCCAAUGAUUCAUUUGUCCAGGAGUAUAUACAAAAUCCAUUUUUGGUAAAUGGUUAUAAAUUUGAUAUUGGAGCAUAUGUUGUAAUAACCUCUGUAAAUCCUUUGCGUGCAUAUAUUUAUAAAGGAGAUAUUUUGUUCAGAUAUUGUCCCGUUAAAUACUAUCCGUUUGAUCCUUCAAUUGUCGACAAGUAUGUUGUUGGUGACGAUUACUUACCUACAUGGGAGGUGCCAUCUUUGAAAAAAUACUACAUACGUUAUUCCGGUAGUAUGCGGGCUGCUUUCGACGCAUAUGUUCGUGAUCAAUCUUUAGAUCCAUCUGGUAUUUGGACGCAAGUGGAAGAUAUUAUCCGACGUACGAUAAUAUCAAAGGAGCAAGAUAUUGCACGUCUGUUACGUUCAUAUAAAACACAAAACUUUUUCGAAUUGAUGCGAUUUGACUUAAUUAUUGAUAAGGAUCUAAAAGUUAUUUUAAUGGAAGCUAAUAUGUCUCCAAAUUUGUCAUCUGCACACUUUAAGCCGAACUCAUUAUUAUAUGAACAAAUAUUGUAUAGUGCGCUGAAUCUUGUUGGUAUUGGGUCCCCUAUUAAGCACAAGACCAAAGAUAGGUAUGAACGCUGGAAUUUGGAAUAA